AUGGGUGCCUCGCAAUCGGUUCAGGAUGCGCGAGGCAUUCCGCCAGAGGCCGUCCAGAGAGAGAUGGAAUUGAUUCAUCGACGAUUGGACGCAGUCGCCUUCCCCAACCAAGCGACCGGAUAUGCCGACAUACUCCCUCAUUACCGCGGUGUGAUUUCCAUGAUCGAUCCAAAGUCAAUGCAGCAGACCAUUGCCGUCAUCCACCUAAUGAUCUCCUCCCACGCAAAGGCCACAAGACUGUCGACGACGUACGCAAGCCUGACGGCAGAAUUGUUCGGGUGCCAGAAGAUGCUCAUUACGCUUCACACCAAGAUUCGUUCCUCCAACAUCGCUCUUAUGCAGGUUUCCGGCGCGGAAGAGACUGCGGGCCAAAUGAACGUGGACGCCAUCAAGGAUUGCAAGAUCAAAGAGCUCGCCGACACAAUCACAUCGCUGGUCAACCAGCUGGACCUCGUUCAAACACACUCGUUCCGUAUCCUGCAUGUGAUGUUGAAGGCAAGUGAAGCAUGCACCAGUGGCCAUAACCACCAGCCAAACACAGCCGAAUCGAAUGCCGAGCUCAGUGCUGCGCUUCAAACCCUCGACGAUACCAGCGUCGCCGUAAGUAACAGGAUCUCAUCGGUGAUGUCGAACUAUACCAAAGCGGUUGAAAGAAUUCGAAUGCUUGAGGAAAACAAGAAGCACCAGACUGAUCUGGUGGAACAACUUACGGCAAAUGUGAAAUUGGCCAAUGAUGAGAUUGAAGCCCUGAUGGCACACAUCGCAAAGCUCACGGCAAGUUUGAAAAUGGCCAACGAUGAGAUCCAAGCCCUGAAGGCACGUAACGCAAAACUCGCUGAAGAUUGCCGGGAGAAGAAUAGGUGGGUUUGCGAUAUGAAGGCCAAGAUCAACGGCAUGGGCGACACCAUGAAGCGUGCCGAGUCCAUCGUGCUUGCCGAGAAGGACAGGCUUCGUAAACAGACGAGGGAUCAGGAGGAAAUGAAGCAGUUGAAGGCAGAGGUCGCAAGGCUCAAAGAUCAAAGCAACAAGGUCGAAGCACUCCAUGCAGAGAACGCAAGACUCAAAGUACAGUCUACCAAGGCCGAAGCACUCCGUGCAGAAAUUAGCGGGUUGAAGAGGAAGCUGAAGGAAUCCAACAUCAAGGACCUCGAAAAGCGGCUACACGAGGCCAACGCAGAGCUGGACCACCUCCGGGCACUGUCCAAGGACCAAGAUGAUGACGGCGACCGACCGCAGGACGACCAUGAUACUCACAUUGACGCUGCAUCUUCUGACGAAGAAGGAGCGAGCACCGUAGUCGAAGGUCUUUCUUUUGCCGAGGGAGCGGCUCGGAUCUUGCAGUGCCACAAAGCCGUUCUCGCUGAACUGCGAGCUCAGAUCUCAACGAUGAAGGACGUCCGUGGUGGCUCGGGCUGGAGUAUUGUGCACCGGACAGACGCGAUGGUUAAGCGGAAGACCGGUCGUAUGCUCAAGGACAUCGAUGACUGUCUUGCACUGAGGGAUGCUGGCGAGAGGGAAAAGGAACGUGUGGAGCGAUUGGAGACUGAAGGUUUUCCGGCCUUAUAG